AUGGCAGUGGUCGGAAACCGAAUGCAGCUGACGUCAUUGCUCCUCUUAUGCGUCAUCACCUUUGCAGAAAUUCCGGCAUGGGUGGAAGCGCAGGCGGUUGCAUGCGACGACAGCAAAGCCCAACUUACACCGUGUUGUUCGGCGGUGAAGACAGGCGGUGAUAUUCCGGCGGAGUGUUGUUCGGCGCUGAAAACCAUGGCGGAUAAUUUGAAGACGAAGGUAGACAGGCAAAGCGCUUGCCAAUGCAUAAAAGAGAGACUUGCUAAAGCCACGCCGGAGCAGAUAAAACGGGCUCAAGGUCUCCCCGGUUAUUGUAAAGUUCCCUUGCCGUUUAAGAUUGGCCCGGACAUUGACUGUUCAGCAGUCCCAAAAACAAUGUAA